UUCUUUUUGCUACACAAUAGUCCUAAAUAUAUUGUUUCUUAUUUUUUUUUUCUUAUGAGAAUUGGAAUUCUCGUUCUAUCAACUACCUACAUUGUGAUAAUCAAGUAGGCUACAUCAGGCUCUAACAGGGCUACCACAGAUGAUCACUUAAGCAUCUAUUGGGAAUCGCUUAGCAAAGUGAUAGGAUAUUUAUGGACUGCUACAUUUUUUGAUCGUUUAACGUGUGGACUUUUAUCUGGCUGUGAUUUGGGGAUUUUUUUUUUUGUUUCACGUUGGAUUACAAUGCUUGCUGCUAGAUGAUCUCCUGCUUGUAUCGCAGGGGUAGGUUGGAAUCCUAAAAAAAAGGGAAAACAAAUUCAGGAUUUACUGAUUAAAAAGGAAGCAAAGGCUGGGAUACUAUAACAUCUAAAUAAUCAUGGGGAAAUUGCAUUCCAAGCACGCAUGCAAGAAGAGAGAAAAUCCAGAAGGAGACAGUUUUGUGGUGAAUGCUUACAUCAGUCGCAAAGGAUUUGAGGGAUGUGAUCGCUUCAGUGGAAUGGAAUACAAGCUAAAGGAUAGGCAACAGGAGCUACUGAAUGGAGUGUUGAAAGAAGGACGUUUUCUGGAGGACCAGUGCCCCCUGGAGGUUAUUUUACCCCCAGAAAAAGGAGAAGGAACUGAAGCCUUUGCUCAUACCAACUGCCCAGAAGAUAGUGAGAAACCUGUGACAAAGGAAACCAAUAGAGGUGCAGGAAAGAAACGCAUCAACAUAGAUGAACUUGAAUGCGAUGUGUCCGUCGAAGAUGACAAUCGCCAAGAAUGGACCUUUACGCUUUAUGAUUUUGAUAAUAGUGGAAAAGUAACAAAGGAGGAUAUGUCAAGUUUGAUGCACACAAUUUAUGAAGUUGUCGAUCAAUCUGUAAACCAGUCUUCGAAUAACAGUAAAACAUUGAGAGUAAAAUUAACUGUAAGCCCUGAGCCAUCAAGCAAGAAGAAAGAAAAUGUAAACUCUCCUCAUGAACGUGAAGUUACUCGAACUGAACAUCUUGAAGAAAUGAGGACAGCUGAGAAAAGACUAUCUGCUCAAGUCAGGAAAACCACCAAUGAUCAGCAGCCACCUAAUGAAAAUGGUGAGCAUUACUGUGUAGAUGAAAAUACAGAAAGACGAAACCAUUAUCUUGAUCUAGCUGGAAUAGAAAACUACACUUCUAAAUUUGGUCCAGGAUCACCAGAAGCUCCACCAAAGCAAGAACAAUGCAAUAAGACUAAUUCUCAUUCUCAGAGUAGAUCACGUUCACAGGAAUCUGAUGUUCAUCCAGUCUAUCAUCGAAGGUCUCAGAUACUUUCUGAUUAUUCAGUGCCAACAAUGGAACCUAUGCCUAGAGUUCCAGAAAUGCAGCAAAGGGUUAAAAGUCAAGAUAAACAGUUUAUUAGAUCUCCCAAAGGUCCUGGAAAACCCUCAGCAUUGCCAAAUGCAAAGAUUGGAAAAGGAUCAAACUACUAUAUGCCAAUGACACAGACUCAAGCAAUGCAGAGUGGGCAAGACGUGUACCACCUCCAGCAACAGCACCACAAAAAGUACAGACAAAAAACAAAGGAUAUACACUCUCCAUUAAAGGCCUCUCACUCACAGCCACCAGUUAUGGAACACGAAUUAAUGCGCGAUUUGCCACCAGUUUUAACAAAUGAGGGCUACGUUAUUCCCGUCAUACAAAGACAUGAGCAUCACCAUCACCAUGAACACCAUCAUCAUCACCAUUACCACCACUACCACCAGUCCUGAGCAAGGGCAGCAAAUGCAAUAAACUGACUCACAUCUUGUUUGGAGAUAAAAGUUUGGACACAGAAAAGAAAAAGAGAGGAGCUAUUAUCUUUCCAUUGCAGUAUUUCUGUCUCAUUUCUAACCAGUGCCACUUAGAAAGAAAUCAUGGAACUCACAUUAAAAUAUCGUUCUCCAUUUUCACUAAUUAUUCAACUUAAAAUCUCAGGUUUAUAUGCAGCUGUGAGGUUGCACUUUUUAACUGAAAAGAAGUGAACUCAUCUUGUACCGCUGCAAACACGCAGCGUGCAACGUCAUGUUGUGACGCCCCAUGGAUGCAAUCACAGACAAUACACCUGAAGGUCAUUAUAACUUUAUGCUCUGGAUUUGUAAUAAAUGUUUUUAAAGCCACUGUCUGUUUAAGCAACUAUAUUAUUUUUAUGUAAUCUAAAAUAUUUUAUAUAUUUGUAGAAAAAAACAUUUAUAACUAUUUUUAAAAAAAAUGAAGGGGCCUUUUUUUGUAAUUUAGCAUGAACAACAUUGCCUCCUUGUUUUUGUUUUUUCACCUCACAUUUGUUUCCUACUAUCUGAAUUUCUGAGUGCUUGCGCUAAACAGCCUGCUCUAAACAGUCGUAAUCUCGCCGUUAUCCUUCAAUGACAUUUCAGCCAAAAUUGAUCAGUGGCUGCAUUUCAAUCUGGUGGGAGUUUUUUGUUUUUGCCAAUACUCAUGUUUUAGCAAAAUGCAUCUAAGUAAAAUCUGUAAAUGUGUUUCCCAGAUUGAAUGUAGAACAUUGCAUAAUAACCAUUUUAUAUAUUAAAUAAUUUAUUCAGUUCAUUGUCAA